GGUUUGAUGCAAUCGUUGACACAAACCAUACACCACUGAAACGCUCGAGAAGUUGAUCUGAAAGUGAAGAUAAUUGUCACCAAAUUAUGUCCACCAAUGAAGACAACGGAAAGACUAGUCAAGAGGUAACUGAUGGCGAAGUGGACGAAGAGUUGUCGUCAUUACUCGACAGUGCACUCAAUGACUUUGACAUUAAGACCAAACCCGUGAAGACAAGUGAAGUGCAGACGGCGUGUCCAUCGGGUGAGAGCCGAGCGACCACUUCGACAGCCAAUGACACGACCACCACAUCCACGAGUGGACCCGAUUUGGAGACCCUGAAGACCAUAUCAGAAAAGGCACAGACAGUGGUCGGACAGGAGAACAACCUGUCGGAGGAAGAAUUGGCCAAAAUUUGGUCCAAUUUAGGAAUGGGUGGCGACGAGGAGGACACCGGCGCUAACAGUUUCACAAAUUUGGUGCCAUUGAUGACAAAUAUGAUGCAAAACCUGUUAUCCAAAGAACUCUUAUAUCCAGCGCUCUCUGAAUUGGCCGAAAAGUAUCCGAUAUAUUUGAGUGAAAACAAAGACAGUCUGUCGGCUGAAGACCUGAAGCGCUACACAAAACAGAUGGAACUCAUGAAAGAGGUUUGCAAUGAAUUCGAUGCCGAGAAACCAGAAGACAGUGAGUCCGUCAAGAAGGAGAGGUUUCAGAGGAUAUUAUCUGUAAUGCAAGCGAUGCAGAACUGCGGGUCCCCUCCCACUCAACUCAUCGGCGAUGUGCCCGACUUCGCCACUGGUCUCCCGCCGGACCUUAAACUUCCAGAUAUUCCCGGUUUGAAUGGCGAGAAUCCGGGCCAGUGUUUGAUAAUGUGAUCUUUUAUAUACGGUUUAACCCUUUUUCGUAAUAUUGUCCUAAUUUUUCAGCUCUUUCUCGCAUUUUUAGCUCACAAUUCAUUUCCUAAUUUAGUUUUUUCGUUAGUUUUCCGAUCAUUUACUUGUAGUUC